GAGCACCAGCUAGUACUGGGGGGUACCCCCGCUGGAGCCCCUGCCUCCCAACUACAAGUCCCAGUAGCUGCGGGCGCGGGCGCCGACGGGACACCGGAGUACGGAGAGACUACAAGUACCGGCAGGCUUGGCGCACACGCAGGGACUACGAUUCCCGGAAAGCACCGCUCGCAGCUCGCGCAGGGCCCUCCGGGAUAUGUAGUCGUCGCGGGGAGCUAAUUCCUAUUCAUUCAGCCUCAGAAGAAAUGUACGUUCCUCUCACGGUCCACCGACGCGACUUCUCACUGGGCUAACGAGGAGACGGAGCUCACGCUGGGGAAGUAAGGAUCCUGAGAGGCCCCAACGGUGGCGCUGCAGGAAGACGCGUGCGCAUGCUCGGCGCUCGCUGGCGCGGGCAGAGGCGCGCGCGGGAGGCCUGGAGCGGCCGGCCCCGCCCCCUCGCCCCGUCCCCGCGCCUGGCGCGCCCCACUGGGAGAGCCUGCGCAGACGAUGCAGGGCGGCGGGCCGCGGGGAGGGACUCGCGGCGCCUGCGCAGAGCGGCGGCUUCUCUCGCGAGGACGGACGCCAUUAUCGCAUCUCCCCGACAAACACCACGAGAAUUCCGCAGCCCACACGGUGGCAGAAACCCAGUCCUGCGUGAAUUUGGUUCCUGCCCACUCCCCGGCCGCUCUCCUCUCCCUCUGGAUGAUGUCAGAACAGGACCUGGCGGAUGUGGUGCAGAUUGCCGUGGAAGACCUGAGUCCUGGUCACCCAGUCGUGCUGGAGAACCAUGUGGUGGCGGAUGACGACGAGCCGGCCCUGAAGCGCCAGCGCCUGGAGAUCAACUGCCAGGACCCCUCCAUCAAGUCAUUCCUGUACUCCAUUAACCAGACAAUCUGCUUACGGUUGGAUAGCAUUGAAGCCAAGCUGCAGGCUCUGGAGGCUACUUGCAAAUCGUUAGAAGAAAAACUGGACCUGGUCACCAACAAGCAGCACAGCCCCAUCCAAGUCCCCAUGGUGGCAGGCUCCCCUCUCGGCGCGACCCAGACGUGCAACAAAGUGCGAUGCGUCGUCCCCCAGACUACAGUAAUACUCAACAAUGAUCGGCAGAACGCCAUUGUAGCCAAGAUGGACGACCCCUUGAGCGGCAGGGCACCGGAUUCCCUGGAAAAUAUCAUUAGCAACGCGGUGCCCGGGCGGCGGCAGAACACCAUUGUGGUGAAGGUGCCGGGCCAAGACGACAGUCACAACGAGGACGGGGAGAGCGGCUCCGAGGCCAGCGACUCCGUCUCCAACUGCGGACAGUCAGGAAGUCAGAACAUCGGCAACAACGUCACCCUCAUCACCCUCAACUCGGAAGAGGACUACCCCAACGGCACGUGGCUGGGCGAUGAGAACAACCCCGAGAUGCGGGUGCGCUGUGCCAUCAUCCCGUCCGACAUGCUGCACAUCAGUACCAACUGCCGCACUGCUGAGAAAAUGGCACUGACGCUGCUGGACUACCUCUUCCAUCGGGAGGUACAGGCCGUGUCCAACCUUUCGGGCCAGGGCAAGCACGGCAAGAAGCAGCUCGACCCCCUCACCAUCUACGGCAUCCGGUGUCACCUCUUCUACAAGUUUGGAAUCACGGAGUCUGACUGGUAUCGAAUCAAACAGAGCAUUGACUCCAAGUGUCGGACAGCCUGGCGGCGGAAACAGCGAGGCCAGAGCCUGGCCGUCAAGAGCUUCUCGAGAAGGACACCAUCGUCAUCUUCGUAUGGCGCUUCAGAGACCGUGAUGAGCACACCACCCCCCGCCAGUGAGAUGCCACAGCCCCCGCCACAGGCCCUGCACUACGCCCUGGCCAACGCCCAGCAGGUCCAGAUCCACCAGAUCGGAGAGGACGGACAGGUCCAAGUAAUCCCACAGGGCCACCUCCAUAUUGCGCAGGUGCCGCAGGGGGAGCAGGUGCAGAUCACUCAGGACAGCGAGGGCAAUCUGCAGAUCCACCACGUGGGCCAGGACGGGCAGGUGCUGCAGGGCGCCCAGCUGAUAGCCGUGGCCUCUUCUGACCCCACUGCUGGGGGCGUGGACGGCUCGCCUCUCCAGGGCAGCGACAUCCAGGUCCAGUACGUCCAGCUGGCUCCGGUGACUGACCACACCACUGCGGCUCAGACGGCUGAGACCCUGCAGCCCACCCUGCAGCCUGAAAUGCAGCUCGAGCAUGGAGCCAUCCAGAUCCAGUAGGCGGGACAGGCCACCCACCCACGACAGGACCUAAGACGGGGCCAUGGCCGUGCUCAGCGCCGGCUCCAGCCAACCGCCCUGUUCUACGCGCGCCCUGGCCCCACGGCUUUGCACGGAGGUGACUGCACGUGUUCCGUUCAAGUGCGUCUGAAAGCCUCCCCUGCGGGGGGAGUGUCCCGCUCAACAGAAAUGUGCCAGUAACGGCCACCACCCCUCCAGAAGACCCUUUUGAGUCCCACUGUCGGCAUCCAGAGAAAGAGUGGGGAAGCACAGUGUGGAUUGCAUUAAGUACGUGCGGAAAAUCAAGAACUACAAUAUUUUUCUCUGUUCAAACAGCUUUUUUUAAUUUGCUAUGGUGUUUAUAACAAAAAAGAAAAUUGAAAAAAAAAAAAAAAAAGUGGAGUAGCAGAAGCCUUUUGCUGUGUGCUCUGUUCCGUGUAAUGAAAAUAGGUAUUUGCAAAAGACAACUAACAAUUUUGAUGGAAAUAUUGCUUACCUACUUUUCUAGGGGGAAAUGCUCACAACACUGUUAAUUAUGCAUUUCUAAUGAAAUAAAAUGUAUUUAUGACC